CGCACAGCGCACCCGGAUUGGUCAAGCGCGGAAAACCUGCCCUUCGUGACUGGAUAUUCGGUCUAAAGCGUGUGAAAUACGGCGUUCACCGAGCGCUCUGCCCACACGCGCACUCACCGAAUCGGAGGUGUGGAGGGGCAGGGGACCGACGGACCGACGGAGAUAUAUGUACGAGUGUCCCUGAGACCAGAAGAUCAGACAGUCUCUUCUCUCUCUCGCUCUCCCUCUAAAUGUCUCUUCCUGCUACCUCUCUUUCCCGUUUGCUCCGAUGCUCGGUCUCCUUCGUCGGCCAGAGCGUGACCGUGCACACGGGCCGGUUUGCGUGCGUGCGCACACCGGCUCUCCACAGAGUCCGUUGGUACGGCGCGUCCCGCUUGGACGCUGAUGGCAGCGGGCGGCCGGCUACCUGGGACUCGUUCGGGAUUUGGGACAACCGGAUUGAUGCUCCCAUUAUGCUCCCACCCAGCAUCCGAUAUGGAACGCCUAUCCCAGAGCUCAGCCUCGCCAACGUCGGAUACGCGUCACAGAUCGGUCGCCGUCGUGACAACGAGGACCGUUUUCGCGUGGCCAGGCUCACGCCCACGCUGCUCUACUUUGCUCUGUUUGACGGACACGGAGGCCCGCACGCUGCCGAUUUCUGCUACGCACACAUGGAACACUAUAUACGGGAUGGUCUUGAGGAAGAGUGGGAUUUGGAGGUGGUGUUGUCCAAUGCUUUCCUGCAGGUGGACGCUGCCCUGGCCGCUCAUAUGCAGCUGUAUGGCAACGCCUCUCUGAUGAUGGUGGGGACCACGGCGACCGUGGCAUUGCUUAGAGACGGCAUAGAGCUGGUUGUCGGGAGCGUUGGAGACAGUCGCGCCAUACUGUGCAGGAAGGGCCAAGCGAAAAAUCUCACCAGCGACCACACGCCCGAGAGAAAGGAUGAGAAACAGAGGAUCCGUCAGAGUGGAGGUUUGGUGACAUGGAACAGCUUGGGUCAGGCCAACGUUAACAGCCGCCUGGCUAUGACGCGAAGCAUCGGGGACUUCGACCUAAAGACGAGUGGAGUUAUCGCGGAGCCAGAGACCACUCGCGUCACAUUACAACAUGCCCACGACUCAUUUCUGGCUCUGACAACUGAUGGUGUAAACUUCAUCAUGAGCAACCAGGAGGUCUGUGAUGUCAUCAACCAGUGCCAUGACCCAACAGAGGCUGCUUAUGUUAUCGCUGAACAGUCUUUGCAGUAUGGCUCUGAGGACAACAGCACUAUCAUUGUGGUUCCAUUCGGAGCGUGGGGCAAGCAGCAGAAUUCCUAUUACAGCUACUCCAUGAGCCGGAAUUUCACAUCCAGCGGACGCUGGGCCUGAAAGUUCCUGACCGUCAGAGCAGGACUCUGUCUGAAUGUUCCUCUACACACACUACAGAACGUCUUAACAACACACAGGAAAAUCCCAAAGCCAUCAUUUAUAAAGGUCUGACAACUAUGUCAGUAUAUUUUAUUUUUUUGCAAAUCACACCUGUGACACACACUGUGUGUAUACAUAUUCUCUCUUUCUUCCUCCCUCCCUCCCCUCUCUCUCUCUCUCUCUCUCUCUCUGUCUGUGUGUCUGUCUAAAAAGAGAGAGAGUAUGUUUAAAAGUAAGUUACAUAACAGCACUUUUAAUAGAGAGCCGUGUCAUAAGCUAACAACUCCUUCAGGACGUUCGAUAGGCCGUCAUUAGAUUUAGAUUCAGCGUUCAUGCCAACUGUGCUUUCUGGAAUAGAACAUCAUGUAAUGCAUCACAUAAUGUCAAAAAUAAUCGCAGGUCCUUCCUGGAUCAAUACAACUAUACAAAAUAAAAGUCUCCGUUUCUAAAAUGCAGAAGCCGCUGAACUGUAUGAAUGUAUAUCGUCUGUAUGUGUGAUGGUGAAAGAUGUGAAAUUUCUGUUGAAAUGAUUAAAAUGUUGCCAAUCAUGUUAAUUCUAUAUGAUGGAAUGCUGGUUACAAACGGUAAUGAUGUCCUAACGUUAUUGACUGUGCUGUAUUUCUGUGCUUCAGUACAAACAGUGACGAUAUCUGCUGACUGGGGCGAUUCUGUUUAAAACAAUGCCAAAGAUACCGAACAUUGUUUAACGGGAUCCAACACGUCUGUACUGGUCUCUGGGUUCACUCUGCUCACUCAUACUGAACUGGGUGAUACAUUUAAAAAAUACUAAUAAUAAUAAAACGAAUCAGAUCUUGAAUA